AUGCAACGUUUAUACUUACCCUCGAACAACAAAACUGCACUAUGGGCUAGCACCUCCUUGAUUGCUGGAAAAGGAGAUCAGGCUGCUGCUGCAAAGUUCAGAAAAUUGAUGGGUAUCCAUGAGGAUACAGAACAGUCGCAGACCGUCAAUCCUCCUGAACGUGAAACCCAAAUUCAGGCAGAGGCUCAAGCGGAACUUUUCCGUCGGUUGGAACACGAGUACGAGGUAUCACGUGCUCUAACACAUACUCAGCGUGGAAUCGGUUUGGGCUUCGCGUCUGCCAACCACGUCGAUUACACUGCGUACGCAGCAAUGCAAACUAUAUUGUUUCUCUCCGAUUACAUCUGCGUUGUCUUCAUGUCUGGAGCAGAGAAAUCUGUGACUGAACCAACGGUUAAACAGAACUUCGAAUGGUCUGACAAGUCGAAUGAAAUUUCCAGCCGGGUUCCAGCUGUCGCGUUCAUUGUGAGCGCCUUCGGAUUAUCUGCCCUGGCUGGAUUUGCCGUUUCUUUAUACAGUGCACGCAAAAUUGAGCCAUCAGCAUUUGCGAAGGGAUUGCAAGUUCCCGUAUCCGGUACGAUCAAGCAUGAGUCAGGGAUCCGUUUCGCGGUUCGUGCACUGGGCUGUGGCACAGUUUUAGCUGUCACUGGAGUUGGUGGUCUUGCCUACAUUGUUUGGAAAAUUGCUGGUGUGCACAGCAUGUUUGAACUUAACAACCGCUUCCGGACCUCAUUCCCUGAAUCUUGGAGGGUGAAGGCGACCGAUUCAGAGACCAGCUUCCAAACUUUUGAGGAGUUACUACAGUAUAUUACGGGCAAAGAUCAAAAAUGA